GCGGAGCCGCCGUCGGGUUGUGGAGGCGCGAUGGCGGCCGCGUCUGCGAGCUCGGAUAUGUUUGAUGAGAUCGUGAUGGCUGAGGAGAGGUUUCAUGGUGAGGGGUAUCAGGAGGGAUAUGCUGAAGGCAGUCACCUUGGAGUUGUUGAGGGAAGAAGGUAUGGAUCGCUCCAUGGUGCCAAGAUGGGGUCUGAGAUUGGCUGCUACCUUGGGUUUGCGCUGACGUGGCAGUGUCUGCUCCAGAAAUGCACAGAUGAAAAGAACAGCAAAAAGAGAAGGGCUCUGGAUUCAUUAAUAGGGAUGAUUCAGAAAUUCCCAUAUGAAGACCCUACUUACGAUAAGCUGCAAGAAGAUCUGGAAAAAAUCAGAGGAAAAUUUAAACAGGCUCGUAAACAAUCCUAGAGAAGAUUAAAUGGAAGGAGAAAAAGACCCAGAGUCCUUUAGAAAAAUAGUAAGAUCACAGACCAAAUACCAUUUCUUGAAAAAGCAAGAGAAAUACAAUCAAGUUAUCUGGGAGGGCAGCAGACUGAAAGGAGUGUGGGAAGACCAAGAGAAACACCGGACAGUGACGAGUUGGAUGAGCUACCCCAUUUUCUGCAGGAUGCUAGCCUGGAUCCAGACUUCAGCAACUAACUCUUGCCAUCUUCUAAUUAACAGCCUAGGUGAGCAUCUCCAUACGUGGUCCUCUGGUCAAACCACGACUGCUGUUUUGUUCUUAGUCUCAGCCCAUAGGUCUACAACUGAACGUGACGGACGCUCCGCUACAGUGACACAUGUAGUAACUAAGCCGGGCAGGACCUUCACACAGUAAGAUGUUGUAUCUUGCACUACUACUUUUCUCCCUGUGCCAUUAAACACUUCAGCAGUUCUGUAGAAGUCCAUUCAUACUAUCUUUUACCUCACUGUCCUUUACAUGUUUUGAAAAAAUAGGAACAGUCUGACUGGACAGCAGUGUGAAUCAAUCAAAAUUAAAUGAGUGGAGAUGCAAAGACAUGAAACUGGGCUGGCGGCAGAGCUGGUCGACGAUUUCUACUUGUACCACAGAAACACUUUGGCAGAACAGUCUGCUAGAAAUGACAGUCAUAAACAGUGAUUUUUUCCCAGGCUGAGUUCUGGUAAUAUGAAGUUCUUAGAUAGAAGUGUCAUAAAUAUAUUUAGGUAUACGUGCCCAAAGUUGCCUGCCAACUGCUGCUAUGUCCAGCAGUGGGCAGCUCAAGUUAGCUAACUGAUUUCUAUACUCAGAAAGCAUCUGAACAGAAAAAUGUACCAGACUGCAGACCCCAAAAUGGAGAGAUCUGUCAGAAGCACCACUGAACAACUUCGUAACCGUGCAUUACAAAGUGCUGCCAAGCUUUCAGUUUGCUACCGCAUUCACCUUGAAAUCACAGUCAGGGUGAGUUCUCUUUCCCUUGCUUCAAAAGCAUUUUCUCAGAGCUGAAUGCGCACACGAUCGUCCUGAGCGUUCAGGAAGGUGCAAGGGCCUCGCCGCUUGCACAGACUAUGGCAUAAAUUAAAAGCAUAAAGCACCAAGCAGGAUCACGGCUCCUGUGGGGACUUCCCCCAGGCAUUAAACCAUACCAUGAGUAGAUAUAUCCAAUUCUACUUAUCAAUCUACAGCAAUUAGAACUGGAGAAGGCCUGUUCAACCUGUCCAACUUUCUGCAAGUUAUGGUCGUGUUCUUCAGAGCCAUGUAUGUCCACUGCACUGACACAGAAAUGGUGCCUUAAAUAGGCAAAACAAUCACACGACAUUUUGCCAAAAUUCCUCCAGUGUGCUGUUUACUCAUAGCUUUAUAACAAACACCGUAAGCUUUUUCCCAACAUAUUUAACUCUGUGUAUUAAGGACUUUGAAGUUUCCUUUCAGUAUUGCCUUUUCUGAUUUAACCUAUGACAUGUGUUAGCCCUUGCGGUGAACCCAGUCUUCCAUGAUAAAUUGCCGUCAAAAGUGUUAGGAUGUGCAUGACUGAGAAUGAAUGUUGUUUUCCUGAGAGGGUGACCUGCCUGCUGUUUUCUUUAUUUCCCAGUUUCAAUUCUGCCUUCAUUCAGAGGCUUCUUGUGUGAUCUACCAGCUUUUCACUGAUUCCACUACCACAAGAAUCUCCUCUGCCACCAAUAAGGGCACAUGGCGUUUGGGGUAAAAUAAGAUUAGAAACCCAAGCAAACAAUUCUCUGCAAGUCCUUUCUGAGAGAGAGGGAGGUUAAUCCUACCUCUAAGCAGAUCAGACCAUCAGUUACAGCUCACUGAAAACACAUAACCUAUGACCUUUUCUGGUUUAAACCCUAGUGUAAUAUUUCCUCUUGACAGAGACACACAGCGUUUUAAAUGACAAAAAGAAACGCCUCAUAUCCUAAAGUCAUCAUGCCUUUGGCUCCUACAUACCUCUGGCCUUCACAAUAAGAUCUCUAUGAAGUCCUUUCACCCCUUCUCAAGAUAUGACGGAUCAAGCCUGACUGUCAGGCUUCUACUGGCAUGUCCUGUACCAUGCACCUCAGUCACACUUGGAAUUAGAUGUAUUAAAGAGUAGUACAUGGAUACAGGUUUAGGGAUUUUUGGUUUUACAAAUCCAGGCACUUUUGAGGAUAAUUCUGUUUUAACAAGGUAGCAUGUUCAGUGUUCCAAACGGAAAGCCAAUUUAUUUUCAGAGCAAA